AUUAAACCUAGGGUAGUGCACUAGCAAGCUCACCGUUUCCCCUAAACCCUUUCCUCACGGCCUCAGCACUGCGUUCCUCUCUCAUCCGUUCACUUUCUCGAUCCCUCUUCUCACAAACAGUGAAGAAGAACUAUCGUCACUGUUCAUCAAUGGAAUCACCUGCCAACAAAAAGGAGCAAGUGCAACCCACACCUGAAGACCCUGAGAAGAAAAAGAAAAAGGAAGAGAAGGCAAGAGAGAAGCAAUUGAAGAAAGAGAAGUUUCUGCUUAAACAAGCUCAGCAGCAAGCACAGCAAUCAUCCAAUGCUUCUAAAAAGAGUGAAAAGAAAGUUGUGAAGCGGGGUGGAGAGGAUGAGAAUCCUGAGGAUUAUGUUGAUCCUGAGACUCCAUUGGGUGACAAGAAGCGUAUGGCUCGGCAGAUGGCAAAACAGUAUAGUCCAACUGCCGUGGAGAAAUCGUGGUAUGAGUGGUGGGAGAAAUCAAGUUUUUUUGUUGCAGAUGCUAACAGCUCCAAACCACCUUUUGUUAUCGUUUUGCCCCCUCCAAAUGUGACUGGUGCUCUCCAUAUAGGUCAUGCUCUAACAGCUGCAAUAGAGGACACAAUGAUUCGAUGGCGUAGAAUGUCUGGAUACAAUGCCUUGUGGGUGCCUGGAAUGGAUCAUGCUGGGAUUGCUACACAGGUAGUUGUGGAGAAAAAGAUAAUGCGUGAAAGAAAACUAACGAGGCAUGAUCUGGGCCGUGAGAAAUUUGUCUCAGAGGUUUGGGAGUGGAAAGACAAGUAUGGGGGCACAAUAUUGCAACAAUUACGCCGAUUGGGAGCCUCUCUGGAUUGGUCUCGUGAGUGCUUCACAAUGGAUGAAAGAAGAUCCAAGGCUGUGACAGAGGCUUUUGUAAGGCUUUACAAGCAAGGCCUUAUCUAUAGGGACCUUCGUUUAGUAAACUGGGAUUGUGUGUUGCGAACUGCAAUAUCUGAUAUUGAGGUGGAUUAUAUUGAUAUAAAAGAAAGGAGUCUACUAAAGGUUCCAGGAUAUGACAAACCAGUGGAAUUUGGAGUUUUAACAAAGUUUGCAUACCCCUUGGAAGGGAACCUAGGUGAAAUUGUUGUUGCCACAACUAGGAUUGAAACUAUGCUUGGUGACACUGCUAUUGCCGUACAUCCUAAUGAUAACAGAUAUAGCCAUUUUCAUGGAAAACAUGCUAUUCAUCCAUUUAAUGGCAGAAAACUUCCUAUAAUUUGUGAUGCCAUUCUUGUUGAUCCAAAGUUUGGGACAGGUGCUGUUAAGAUUACACCUGCCCACGAUCCAAAUGAUUUUGAGGUGGGAAAACGUCACAGCCUUGAGUUCAUUAAUGUUUUCACAGAUGAUGGGAAAAUAAAUUCCGAUGGUGGCUCUGAUUUUGUGGGCAUGCCGCGGUUUAAAGCUCGAGAGGCAGUAACAGAAGCAUUACAGAAGAAGGGCCUUUAUAGAGGAUCUGAGAACAAUGAGAUGCGCCUUGGUGUUUGUUCAAGAAGCAAUGAUGUUGUGGAGCCCAUGAUAAAGCCCCAAUGGUAUGUCAAUUGCAAUGAUUUGGCAAAUCAAGCUCUUCAAGCUGCUGUGGAUGAGGAAAACAAAAGGCUAGAGAUUGUUCCAAAACAAUAUUUGGCUGAUUGGAAGAGAUGGCUAGAAAACAUACGUGAUUGGUGCAUUUCACGACAGCUAUGGUGGGGUCACCAGAUACCUGCAUGGUAUGUCACUUUAGAGGAUGACGUGCGGCGGGAAUUUGGUGCUUAUAAUGAUCAUUGGGUAGUGGCAAGAACUGAAGAGGAAGCCCAAAAAGAGGCUAGCCAGAGGUAUAACGGAAAGAAGUUUCAUUUAAGCCAGGAUCCUGAUGUUCUUGAUACAUGGUUUUCUUCUGGUCUGUUCCCAUUAUCUGUGCUGGGAUGGCCUGAUGACACACAGGACCUGAAGACAUUCUAUCCAACUUCUGUUCUGGAAACUGGCCAUGAUAUCCUCUUUUUCUGGGUUGCCCGUAUGGUCAUGUUGGGAUUGAAGUUGGGUGGUGAUGUGCCUUUUGGAAAGAUUUAUUUGCAUCCAAUGAUUCGUGAUGCACACGGGCGUAAGAUGUCCAAGUCCUUAGGGAAUGUUAUUGAUCCUAUUGAAGUGAUAAAUGGAGUAUCACUGGAAGGUCUACAUAAGAGGUUAGAGGCUGGUAACCUGGACCCCAAAGAACUAGCCACUGCUAUAGAGGGUCAGAAGAAAGACUUUCCGAAUGGUAUUGAUGAAUGUGGUGCUGAUGCUCUCCGUUUUGCACUGGUCUCAUACACAGCUCAGUCUGACAAAAUUAACCUAGAUAUUCAAAGGGUGGUUGGGUAUCGUCAAUGGUGUAACAAACUGUGGAAUGCAGUUCGAUUUGCUAUGAGCAAGCUUGGGGAUGAUUAUAUUCCUCCUGCAAAUUUGACUCCAGAUGUUCUCCCUUUUAGCUGCCAGUGGAUUCUGUCGGUGUUAAAUAAAACCAUAUCCAAAACAGUAAAGGCUCUAGAAUCAUUUGAAUUCUCACAAGCUACCACUGCUGUAUAUUCUUGGUGGCAGUAUCAAUUGUGUGAUGUAUUUAUCGAAGUAAUUAAGCCUUACUUUACUGGUAAUGAUCCUAAGUUUGCUUCCGAAAGACGCUUUGCACAAGAUACUUUGUGGUUUUGUCUGGACAAUGGCCUGCGAUUGCUUCAUCCUUUUAUGCCUUUUGUUACGGAAGAAUUAUGGCAGCGCCUUCCUUCACCUAGGGAAUGUAAGAGAGUAGAAUCUAUCAUGAUAUGUGAUUAUCCAUCAGCUAUAGAGGGCUGGAAUAAUGAUAGGGUGGAGAAUGAGAUGGACAUUAUUGAGUCUACUGUUAAGUCUCUCAGGUCACUGGCAAAAGAAAGACGAGACAGGCGACCGGCUUUUGGUCUCUGCCGAACAGAGGUGGUUAGAGAGAUUAUUAACAGCCACCAACUAGAGAUUGUAACACUAGCUAAUCUAUCCUCUUUGACAGUAAUCACCGAAAGUGAUGCUGUUCCAUCAGGAUAUGCUGAUACUGUUGUAAAUGAAAGCCUUUCUGUUUAUCUAGAGCUUCAAGGAACUAAUUCUGCGGAACUAGAAAUGGGGAGGAUCAAGAAGAUAGAUGAGCUGAAGAAGCAAAUUGAAAGAUUAGAGAAGAUUAUGAAUGCUCCGGGUUAUGAAGAGAAGGUUUUGCCAAAUAUUCGAGCAAAGAACGAGGAGAAGCUAGAUUCCCUGAAGGAAAGAUUAUUGCUCGAGGAAACGGCUGGUCUGAAUCUCUAGCUUCAAAGCAUGAAAUAAAUUUAUCAAUUUUUUUUACAUGCUUAUAUAUUGGAUCUUCACUCACAGUUCAGACAUGUUAUUUAUAUUUUUGGCCAAAAACUAUAUUGUUUAUUAUACUAAAUAUUCAUUUUGCUAAAUUAAUACAAAUUUUGGUUAUCUUUUGUCACGGAA